AUGGGACCAUAUCAACAUAUGUUGUCAGAGUAUCCGAGAUCUGAAUUUGGAAAGCAACAAUGUAAAUCCCAACAAUCUGCAUUUACAGUUGAAGGUUUCAAAAGUUGGAAACGUGUUAAUGAUGGAGAUAAAGUUAUGAAUCGAGAAUCUUCUGAACAAAUUCAAAAGAAUCGAUUAAGGCUUGUAACAACAAUUGAGAGUGUUCGUUGGCUAAGUUUGCAAGCAUGUGCAUUAAGAGGUCAUGAUGAAUCUUUAGAUUCCCAAAAUCGAGCUGCAACACUCAAGAAAGAAAUAUGUAAUGUCCUCACUAGAUAUAAUCUAGAAAUUAAUAAUAUGCGAGGUCAGGGAUAUGAUGAUGCUAGCAAUAUGAAUGGUAUUUUUAAUGGUUUGCAAGCUCCAUUUCUUAAAGAUUGCCCUUAUGCGUAUUAUGUGCAUUGCUUUGCCCAUCGACUACAACUAGCAUUAAUUAAUGCUGCUGAAAAGGAGAUCUCUACAUGGAUUUUCUUUUCGAAUCUAACGACUAUAAUCAAUCUUAUUACAUCUUCUUCAAAACAUAAUACCGAGUUACAGUCAGCUCAAGCUAAUGAAAUUGCUCGUUCUAUUGUUGAUGGUAAUCGUGAGAUUGGACGAGGAGCUAACCAGAUUGGUAAUUUACAACGACCAGGAACUACUCGUUGGAGUUCCCAUUUUGAUUCUAUUUGCAGCUUGAUAGAUAUGUAUGAUGCAAUUGUUAAUGUGCUUGAAAAUAUUAUCAAAGAUGGUUCUUAUAUUUCGAUGCGUGGGGAAGCUGGUGGAUCUUUAAUAGUGAUGAAGUCUUUUGAUUUCAUUUUUAUUUUGCACUUAAUGCAUAAAAUUAUGGGGAUCACAAAUUUGCUUAGUGGUGCCUUACAAAGAAAGUCUAUUGAUAUAUUAAAUGCAAUGAAUUUGAUAUUUUUUACUAAAGCACUUCUCUUGAAAUUAAGAAAUGAUGGGUUUGAUAUUGUUCUUUCGAAUGUCAUAUCAUUUUGCACAAGAUUAGAUGUUGAUAUACCAGAGAUGAAUGCUCGUUAUAAGAAAUAUAGUCGUUUAUGUGGACAAAAGGAUACCAUCACAGUUGAGCAUCACUUUCAUUAUGAUAUAUUCAAUGCUGUAAUAGAUUUUCAGUUGGAAGAGUUAAACUUCAGAUUUAGUGAUGAGACAGUCGAACUUCUUUCGCUUAGUUCUACUUUGGACACAAAUGAUAAAUUUAAAAACUUCAACAUCGACAAAAUUUAG